GGGGUAAGGCUCUGUAUCAUCACGCACAUACCCACACACACACAGACACACACACACACCAGUCCAGCGGCCGAGCAUCGACCUGUUUUUCUCUGCAUCCACGAGCCACACUGAGAUGGAGAUGUCAGCAGCUGGGGGUGGCCUGGGGAUGUCUGGUCACCGUCAGCGCUCCGGCACAGUGAAGAGGAGGCUCUGGGGAGGGUUAAGGCAGCAGUGGAAGCUUCUGGGCGUUUUUGAGAUUGAUCAGCAGCACGAGUUCUACAGUCUCACCUGCAUGAUGAAGGAGGGAUUGGCCGCAGCGAUUGAAAACAAUAUUAACAAUUCACCUACAAAUGAACUGUCAGAUGAUGAUUACAAAUUAGAGGUCACUCAGAUUCAUAAGGACUUUACAAUGGAGACAUUUGCAGGCCCUGUGUUUGCCAGCCUGCGUAGCUCUUCAGGAAUGACGGAGCAGGAGUAUCAGCAGUCGCUCUGCUCUGACAGCUGCUACCUCCAGUUCAUCAGCAACUCCAAGAGCAAGGCCGACUUCUUCCUGACAAAUGAUAAGCGCUUCUUCUUGAAGACUCAGAACAAAAGGGAAAUUAAAUUCCUUCUGACCAACUUGAAAAUCUACAUGGAACAUCUGAGGAAGUUCCCCCAUUCAUUGCUGGUGAAGUUCCUAGGUGUUCAUAGGAUCAAAAUCCCACGCAGAAGCAAGAAAUACUUCAUUGUUAUGCAAAGCGUAUUUUAUCCCGAUGAUCGAAUCAACGCCAGAUACGACAUUAAGGGCUGUGAGGUGAGUCGGUGGACAGAGCCGACACCAGAGGGGAGCCAGAUCAUUGUGGUUCUCAAAGACCUCAACUUUGAAGGCCAGUUUGUCAUCCUUGACCGGCAGCGUCAAUGGCUUCUUCAGCAGGUGGAGAUUGACACGCACUUCCUCCAGACGCUCAAUGUGUUGGACUACAGUCUCCUUUUGGCCCAUCAGCCCUUACACCAGGAUGAACGCCACCAGAGUAUCUCCUUCGCGACUCUCAUUAUGAGAACCAAAAAAUCUGUGAAUCCAGGCUGCAGCCUUCUCCACGGAGGCAUGGCUCCUGUCCCUGGGGCGAUCUUAGAAGAUGACUCCACCUUCAAUUGGUCUGAAACUGAUUGGAGCUAUUUGGCAGCAGGUGCAUCAUGCGGCGGCAGGUUGAACAGUCAAGCGUGUCCAGAGCCUUCAGUGCCGAGCUGUGACGCAGCUCAGCUUCCAGACUUCAGGGCCCAAAACAGACGUUUGUUGCCCAAUCUAAAGAAUCCUCUGCACGUCAUUGAUGGGCCAGAGGAGCGCUACUUCAUCGGCAUCAUUGACAUUUUCACAGUUUAUGGUUUUAAGAAGAGACUCGAGCAUUUAUGGAAGAGGCUGAGACAUCCAGGCCGGUCCUUCUCCACUGUCAGUCCUCAGACUUACUGCCUGAGACUGUGUCACUGGGUACAGGACCAUACCAAGUAGACCUUGGCUGAGGGGAGGAGACUCACUGCUAGCUCUCACUGAGCAACCUCAGUCAACACACAUCUAAAGUUCAUCUACUGUAUAUCUCUUCAUGUGCUCAAAACGCAUCGACGGGCUUUUUCGCAGCCUCAUUUGCUAAAAAUCAGGUGUCACUUACUUUUUGCGCAUGGAUGGGUUCAUUAACACAAGACUUUCACUAGGAAGACUGCUGCACAUGACCAAUGGAAAAAGGAAAAGUUGGCAUCCAUUCAUUUUAACGUUAUGUUGAAAGUUUCACAUUACACCUGCAGCUUAAGUUAAUUAACAAACACUACUUAUUUAUUAGACGAAGCUUGGCUUUUACUAAAAAUGUUCAAAUAGUUGUGUGGUGUGUUUUCCAAACGUUAACAGAGUGUUUAAAACUGUGACUAAUGAGUGUAUGGGAACAUCAUUUUUAAGAAGCCGUGGUAUAUUUGUAUCACAUGUUGACAUUUUGAGAGGCUGUUAUUUGUCUCGUUGUCCAUUGUCUCAUUGUCUUAAUGUCCAAUGUUUUGCACCAACCGCCAUGUCAAAUUUCUUGUGUGUCCAACAAACUUUGGCAAUAAAUGUUCCUGAUUGAGAACAGAAAAUCAUUUUCACAUGCCUAAGCCCAUAGUUUAUUUCACAUCUGAAAAUCACCUCUGACGCAAGCUCACUUUAGUUCAUUUUUACAUACUGUACAAUAUACAUAUUUUUACUUGUUUUACUCCAUCCAAUGACAUUGUGAUACUAUAACUAACCCCACUUAAUUAACUUACUGUACCUUUUUGCUCAGUGCUCAGUCUAUCCUACAUUUUAGGAUCGAUUUGUAUUUAAAAAUGUUGAAAUAAAACAUGAA